UUCCUAACCUGAAUAGUCGUUAACGAUUAAUAUCUCGUUAAUAUCUCAGUUUGCCGGACAGAGUGAUGCUUUUCUCGAUCAGAUUCGUUCGUUUCUGGCAAAAACGUGUCGAAUGAUCCUAAUUUCAAUCAAUUUUUGAGGUGACGUGGCUAAACUGAACAAUUGCCGAUAUAAAUAGACGAAGUCAAUUUGCGAGAAUAACAAAAACUUAUGAAAAAGGUCGCGUAAGAUCAAUGAUAGAUACGAAUGAAAUAUAUAAAAAUGUGACUGAUCAGUGAGUGUGGCAAGUCAAAAAGCUUCUCAAUUUAGUUUUCUGUUUUUACAAUCGAACAAAGGUUUACAAAAAUGGAUUUGCGUAAUGAUAUUAAGAAGGCAACAUCACUUCCUUUCUUAGAUAAAGAUGCUAAGUUCUAUCGAUUGCAAGAACCAAGUCAAGCUGCAAAAGAUAAAAAAAUGAAUGAAAGACCAGUGAAGAAACCACGAAACAGCCAUUUACUAGAAGACUCUUAUUCAGAGAAUGAUGACAGGGAUAUAAAUAUAUGUAGUAGAGUAAAAUCUACUUUCGACAAACAUGAAGUUUCUGCUGCCGUUAAAGAGGUAAAUGGUGGACGUGACCUUUCAAAUAAACAUUGGGAAGAGAGUUUCUUCAGAAAUCUUGAAGAAAUGAUACAAUGUGGGAAAGACAUAUCUCAAAAUUCUUCCAAAUAUGAUAAUAUCAAAGUAAAUCAACCUAAGGCUAAUAAUUUAAACGAUAAAUAUAUUCAACAGAAAGAUAAAUUGUAUAGAAAUGCUGCAAUCAUGGGUCUUUUGAAAACUAAUAAGAUUUCACUACAGGAUUUAAUUAUAAAUGAAAACCCAAUAAGGAAAGAAGACGAACUAGAAACGAUGCAUGAAAGCAUAAUCAAUGGACAGUAUAAUGGAUGUAUAAUGGACAGUGAUAAAUGCCAUGUGGAAUCAGUUCCUCUUCGUGAAGAUCCUGAAAUUUAUGUUCACCCUUUACAAAUGGGAUUAGAUAAAAAUCAAUUCAAAGAUAUAGAUUUAGUAUCACGAAUCGGCAAGAAGACAAAAGUGACACCACAAGACCAUUUUCUUGGAGCGACUGAUGACACUUUUUUUAAUUUUGUAAAGAAGAAAGAUAGUUCAUAAUCUAUUAUUGUUUAAACAGACAAAAUUAGUAAACAUUGUUUCGUACAUGUAUUAAGAGAUAAUAUACG